UACCAUCUAAAUAUUUGAAUUAGAGUGUGAUUAAUUCAUUUCUAUAAAAGCUGCAGUGGAGGAAGCAGAAUUCACUCAGGAGGUUAAGUGAACAUCAGAGUGGAACGAGGACCAACUGCUGAGAUGCUGUGGAGUUUGGUUUUCGUCUGGGUUAUAACAAUCCAAAAUGUAGCUGUGCAGACAACAGAUCUCUGUAACAAAAUGAGCAUAAGUCUGAAGGCAAAGAAUGCAUCCCAGUCCUCAACCUUAGACUGGAUAAAGACUAAUGGAGAACACGUACCACUGAUCCCUCCCAGAGCCUUUGAUGGGGAUCCCAGAACAUGUUGUCGCACCCAGAAUCAGACUAACCCCUGGUGGAGGAUUGACCUGCAGGGGAUUUACAACAUUUCUUGCAUCUCUAUCCAUACCAAACGAAAUGAUGUAGCUAACAUAUCUGGAGCUCAGAUCUACAUCGGGAACUCCCUAGAGAACAACGGCACCAACAACAGACUGGUUUACAACAUCACAGAGCAAGGACAGGAGAUAAACUAUGAAAACCUUAAUAUGAUUGCCUUCAGCUUUCCCACAUCAGCGUUGGGGCGAUACGUCACUGUGUUCAGACCAGGCCAAAAUCAUCUGGUUCUUUGUGAGGUGAACAUCACUGCUGUUUGUGGUGGACCAAUAAUUAAUCUGAUGAGGAAAGCAUCACAGUCUUCAACCUUCAUUCUUAAUAACAGUACAUACACUGCUGACCGGGCCUUUGAUGGGGAUCCCUCCACAUGUUCUCACAGUGACAAACAGAGCAACCCCUGGUGGAGAAUCGACCUUCAGGGGGUUUACAACAUUUCUUGCAUCUCUAUCUAUAAUAUUGAUCAGAAUGGCGGUGAGACUAACAUAACAGGUGCUAAGAUCUACAUCGGAAACUCUCUGCAGAACAACGGCACGAACAACAAACUGGUUCAAAACAUCACUAACUUUGAGACAAACAAAAACAAUGUCUAUCGGCUUCAGUCAUCAGUUUCUGGGCGCUAUGUCACUGUGAUCUCACCAACAAAACCACAUAUGAUUCUUUGUGAAGUAAAAAUCACUGGCAAAAAGCUUGAUUCGCCUUUUAAACUAAUUAAGCAAAACAAGAACUGGGAAGAAGCCCUGUACUACUGCAGAGAUAACCACAGAGAUCUGGCCUCCAUCCUGGAUCAAGAGAUGCAGGCCUUUGCUGAGCUGGAGGCUGAGAAGGCCAGCAGUCCCUUCGUAUGGCUCGGCCUUCAUUACACCUGCACCCUGGACUUCUGGUUCUGGGUUGAUGAUAAUGUUGUGCGUUUCAAACGGUGGGCUAACAACCCCCCAGAGGAGGACUGUGACAUGAGUGGAGCCAUAAAGACACAUGGAGACCAUCUGUGGUUCAGCAAGUCUGAUUAUGAGAAGUUUAAUUUUAUCUGUUUGCUUUAGGAAGAUUUUAGACUUCUACCUGAUUGUAAUGUUAAUGUUCCUUUAUUAUUGCCUCCUCUUUGAUUUUAUUAUGAUUUAGAAAAUUUUCUCUAAAGUGUUGCAAUGACCACUUAGAGAGUUUAUUAUUCUUGCUUCCACUUAUGUACAUUACUGUAG